GGUUCGUUGACGGUCGGUGGGUCGAACCUACAGGUUUUGCCGAGCCGCUCUUGGAAAGCAGUAUUCGGUCCGCAGGAGGAGGGCUGCAGCAGUAAAGGAAGUGCCAGCCUGACUAAAUCAGAGCUUUGCAGGGAGGGUUUUGGAGUCCACGGGGAAGUCCUGCCUACUCGCUGAAAGUAUGAGACGUGACACAUCCAAGCAUCGGCGAAAGGCCAAAUCCCCUCAACGCCGGCCCCCACAGGCUGCCCCGGGCCCCUCGCCCUCACGGCCCCCGUCCCAAAGACAAAGUGGAAGGACAGAACCGACCACUGUGUUGCCCAAGACGAGGAGGUUCCGCCCAGGAACCAGGGCCCUGAUGGAGAUCCGGAAAUACCAAAAAACCACCAAUCUGCUCAUCCGCAAGGCACCUUUCGCUCGCUUGGUUCGGGAAGUGUGUCAGCAAUAUUCCCCACAGACGUUGAGGUGGCAGGUCUACAGUCUGAUGGCCCUGCAGGAGGCAGCCGAGGCGUUCCUGGUCAUGAUCUUCUCUGAUGCUAACCUCUGCGCUCUGCACGCCAAGCGGGUCACCCUGUUCCCCCGCGACAUCCAGCUGGCCCGGAGGAUCCGAGGCGUGCACAAUCUGUGACGGGACCAAGAGGAGUCUGGAGGAACGGUGGUGGUGGGCAUGAAACAGACUCUAUCCCAACUUGUCAAGAGGCAGUUGGAUCCAUUUUUCAUAAAGUUCUAUUAUUUUUGUUUGACUAAUGUCUGAUUUAACCUCUCAUCCCCAGAGGAUGAAAUUGUAUCUGUAUUUUUAAUAUGGUGUUCAUGUUCAUGUUGUGCAUUUAUGAGAGUUUUGUACUUUUUUAUGGAUAUAUAUGUAUGUAGGGAUGUGGGGUGGGUUUUUCUGU